UCGGGGGUGUAACCUUCGCUUCCGAUUCCGACGGUUUCGGAUACGAGCUGAUCCUGGGAGAAUUUGAUCAGCUAUGACAGAAUAUUCUUGAUAUUGGCAAUAAAAGUCAGUCAACAUUAGCCAAUAAUGCCGUGAAACCUGUCCUUGGUAUCUACGAAGUACUAUCGUGUCAGGAUACACCGAACAAUGCCAGUGGAGUAUACCGGAUACAUCCCGAACUGUCAACUAUUUCCUCAUUUCUCGUCUAUUGUGAUCACACUGUGGAAAAUGGUGGCUGGACCGUAAUACACCGACGUUUCGAUGGCAAAUUGCGCUUCGAUCGAACUUGGGUUGAAUAUCGGCGCGGUUUUGGAAAUCUGCUAGGUGAGUACUGGUUGGGUUUGGAAAAAAUGCAUCAGAUCUCUCGGAAUGGCAAUUACGAGUUGCUAGUGGUUAUGACAAGUUUCAACGGUACCAAGAAAAGUGCUCGCUACGAUCGAUUCAUGGUGGCUAGUGAGUUCGAAAAUUACAAACUCGUCAUAGGUCAGUUGAUAGGAGGAGAUGCCGGUGAUAGCUUCUCUGAACAUGAUGGAUUUAUGUUUAGCACUAUUGAUCGGGAUAACGAUGUGGAUGCCGGUAGCUGUGCCAGAGGUUAUAAAAGUGGAUGGUGGUUUAAAAAGUGUUUUGCUGUUAACCUGAACGGAGAACAUCAGGAAGGAAAUAAGAGAUCAUCUAUGAGUUGGUAUAAUUUUUCCAAUUCAGACGAGUGCUUAAAAGAGACGCGUAUGUUGAUUAGAAGAAUAUAGAAGAUAGUUACUAGGAAUAUAUUAACAUUACCGGAGUAAUUCGUAAACUUAGGUAAACUUCUAUGAAUGUUUUAGUGAAAU